AACUGCGAAUAUUCAUAUCAUACAACGUCCGUUGGCGCAAAUAGUCGCCGUCUGGUUCGUUGUGUUCAGCUGUUAGCGUGCGUUUCAAUGCAGUCGCGAUUUUCAUCGAGAACGACGUUCGGUCUAGUAGGCCUGUGUUUGUUCGCUGACAAGUUUGUGUUGAUAUUUUUAUGAAAAAAACUGGUUUUUUUGUUUUCUUUGAAAAAAUGACUUUGGUGGUUCUGGUGGAAAAUUCGGUUUUUUCUGGUUAUUAACUAUGGAUGUGAGUUUGUUUUAGACUGGGGGAAAAAAACGAGAAUCAAAACGCACCAGCGUGCGGAAUCGAAUCAGCUGUGAAUCUCGCGCAUGACUUUUCUCCCUCUCCAAAAUCGCGUGGUGGGGGUAGCUCCAAACAGCUGUGAAUAAGAUACACACUGAAAACAUUUAGUCAGAGUUGUCAGAUUCGUCAACGAAAUCGGUUCGGUUGUAAUUGCUGCACUAAGUAUAGUCAAGUGUUGUCAAAACUCCGCACUUGAGGACUUAGAAGGGAAAUUUUCCGAACUCAGACAACAGUUUGCAGUCAGUGCGCGUGUGGGUGCGUUCGAUUAAUUUUGAAUUUUUUUUUGGAAUAUUAUGGUACCCCAGCAAAUGGAGGGUUCCCGAUCCGAAAGCCCCAACGCCAAUGGGGGACUACCCCUCUUUGGUAGUCAACUUGUUGAUAAAAAUUCCUCAACACCUUAUUCCGAUGCCACUCAGACAAAAAAGAACAAUCCGAACCACAUCAAGAGGCCAAUGAACGCGUUCAUGGUGUGGUCCCAGAUCGAGCGCAGGAAAAUCUGCGAAGUUUCACCAGACAUGCAUAAUGCGGAAAUUUCGAAAAAUUUGGGUAAACGUUGGAAGUUGCUGAACGACGAGGAAAGACAACCGUUUAUUGAGGAAGCCGAGAGGCUGCGCCAACUUCACCAAAAGGAAUAUCCAGAUUACAAGUACCGCCCUAGAAAGAAGACGGCCAAACCCACACCGAAAUCGGCCUCGAAGAAGUCAUCGAAGAGAAGCUCCAAGUCAAAGCGCCAUGAGCCCAACAAUAACGAUUCAUUGAAAGAGAAAAUCUUCAGCAGACGCACAGUGCCAGAAUCGGUCGCCUCAAGGCUGAAGGGCAAAUUGACGUCGAUUUCUUCUGCGGAACGAGUGGAACCGAAAGUGGAGCUGGAGACCAGAAUGGAGAUUAGCUACGACACCUACGAUCCAAUUAGACAAAAUCUCCCAACCACUCUUCCGCCAAUUAGCUUCUUAGCCAAGGUUCCAUCGAGUCCAUCCUGUGAGACUCCCGACUCACCGGAAAGUGCGACAAUAUACGAGGACUCCUGGGUGAACCUAGUGAAAGAGGAACCCGACGACAGGCUCACAUAUGGUGCACAAAUUGCCAAUGGCUUAGAAGACCUAGAUAAUUUAGAACUCCUCCCAAUAGACGAUCUUGAUCUAGCAAGACUAGCCGACUUAGACUCGAGCUUUGACAACACCUCAAAUAGCUCAGGUUCACACUUGGACUUCACCUAUCCUACAGGCUUGUUCCCCAUGGACAAUAAUUGGGAAGCAGAAACCUUUAUGAUGUGUUGAGGGAGCAAUUUCAAGACUGCUGGACAAAUACAAUCAUUGUUGUUGAACCGAUUGCCUAAUCGGUAUCGGAAGUCCAAUCGCUGUAGUCCAAGACAAUUGUUAUCUUUAGUCUACACUGAGGCUACUACGAUAUCGUUGAUAUAUUAUUUAUAUAUUGUUUGACCCCAUUUCUGAUCUCAUUUUUUAUAUGUAUAAAUGAAAAAGAAACAGGCAUUGUUAGGUUCACCAGUCUUUCUUUUGAUCUACCAGUUGUUAGUGCCUAGCUCAUAAUGGAUAUGUCGGAGGUGAGUGAACCGCUCACUCAUCGACUCUAGUUUAGACAGAUUAAGCUCCAUCGUGUGCGAUGGGACACAAUAUCAGGCUGUGAUUUGAUUCGAUAGUUUUGAUGACCAAUUUAGUUUUGGUUGAUCAAAUUUGGAAAAAAUCCGAUUUACGUAGACUUUUUACAGGUGCUGCUGCUUUUCGAUUGUCCGGAUGCACUUUUGGGUAUUUACAUUUACUUACCAUUGAGAAGUUGCGUUCUGUUUCACAGUCUGGCAAAUUUGGCUCUUGUUGUUUUGCCGAUCUAACUGCGAACUGCUACUUGCUUCGACACCAUCAUGCGGGGACUUUGGCAGAGAAUAUAUGUAUUUUAUCUUAUAAAUAUCUAUCGUACGUAUAAAUAAAUCAAGACAAUUAUACUGAAAUAUCCCAACAUUACCUAUAUAUUCUGUAUAUUGACAUAAAAACAGUGAUAAGCUGAAAUUUAUUUCGCAGAAAUUGUCGUUUAAAAGUUAAAUUUUUUCACUACAUGGCCACUCACAAGUAAAUCGUGAUUGCUAACCAACCAUCGCACCAACAACACUCCAUGUACACCAGUAGUUGCAGGCUCUGAUUUAUCUACUUUACUUAUAAUUAAUCUUUAUUAUUAUCAUCAUUAUUAAAUAUUAUUAGCCAUUUGCCAACAUCCCAAGUGCAUUGGAACGAAACAGUGGCUCAAGAACAGUUUUUUUCAAAUGGCAAAUGAAACAACCAGAACCAGAUUUUCGUAUGACUCCAGAAGCAUUUCCAAAAUUGAGUGAAUAUAAGAGGCACUCUCUACACGAUUAUUGCUGGCCAAAAUAUCUUGUACUUAAAUAUGUCUUACUCAGAUGGUACUGUAAGGGUUUAUCAAAAUAUAGUUAUUGGGUACGUGAAAGUUAAGAUCUAAUAAUACUAGUGAUGUUAGGCUAAGGUUUCGUUGGAUCUGAAUGUGGAGAAAUAUUCGCCAGAUCCAAAUCGCGUUCGGGAUCAAUCUGUCUCAAUUGCGAGAGGUGCACUCAGCUUUAAUGUGAUCUUUAAAUACUCGUCAAACGCCCAACUAAGGUUUGGAUCAGGAACUAUUUCUUCAAAUGCUGGAUAAUUGCUUUAAGUAGAGCUUCGAAUGGCAAUUUCAAAGGUUUUCGCAUUUUCAGGACAUUUUCAAAAUUCGACAAUAUAAGGUCAAUUCAAUGAAAUUGUUAUUCAGAAAUCAAGUUUUGCACACUGUCGUCUGUUGUAAAUACUAAUUUCUUCAUGUUCCUUCUCAUGCAAACGUUUCGUCAAUGGUGUUUAGGUCUGGAGUGUCGCGAGCUCCGAAAACAGGACUAUUUACGCUUAAAACUCUUAUUUUUCAGUUGUAUCUUUAACAAGUCAAUGCACAAACUAAAAAACGUAAGAUAACGUAUAAAGUUUUCAAAUUUAUUUAGAGUAGACAACGAUAUUCUUAUAAUAAAUUGAUAUUAUAAACUGGCGCCAUGCCAUUGCGUCAAUACAUGUGCUUUCAAUGUUUAGAAUUUACAAUUAUUAGGUGCAGCACAAAUAGAAAUAACAUUUCUUCUCGAUCAAUUUUCUGAAAUCAUUUUUUAAUGGGAAAUUAUUGCGUUCUUAAUCUGUCGCUGUUGCUGUAAAGUAUCUCUGUAUUUAUUUGGGUGCUUACUGGCUAAUUUAAACAUUAUUUGGACCUGGUUUUUGAAAGGAUUGCGGUAAAGUUAGGUAGUCGGGCUUAUAUAAAUAAAGUUUGCCCGACUGUUCCAACCUACCUAUGUCAUGAAAGUUAACAAGGGUUUAAUUGAUAAAAUUUGCCGGGUUUUUGUUUGUUUCGAAGUCUGGACUGGGAUUCAUUCCUUUUUUCGAUUAAUCUUUACAGGUACAUUAACUUCAUUAUACGCUAGUAAUAAGGCCGCAAAUGGAUGAAUACUUUACACUGAUCGACAGCGUUUUCCAAAAAAACUAGUAUUUGUGCUGAUAAAAGAUUUAUAUAAUAAUAAUGAUAAUAUUUAAUAAUAAUAAAAAUUAGAUCGACUGUCCUUAUAUAAUAAGAGUUUUCGAAUUUUAAAAUUUUAUGAGCCUGAAAAUGGUACAGUAUGAAAAAAGUAGUGUAACAUUCGGUGUAUUUUUGUACCCAGUAGUAUGUUAUUUAGACAAAGACAGUUGCAGAGUUACCUGAAAUGCGGUGCGUGUAACUAAGAUGGAAAUAUCUGCGUCACCGUUUCUCCGAUUACUCGCAUGUUUCCAUUAUUUUUACACAGCCUGUAUAAGUUUCGACUGACUUAGAUUGUAGGAAUCGACUUGAAAGGUCGAAGUUUAUAUUGGGCUAAUCAAUACAACGAAAUUCCCUUGUAUGAAAAAAAUGUUCCAAAAACAAAUUUUCGGCCUUAAAAUCAAAGACUUCUUUCUAUUUUCGUGGCACUAAUAAGAACUUUGUUUGCCUUUAUUGGAGCUCGACAAAGGGCUUCGAAAAAUUAAUCGUGUAGGGUUUGUUGAUUAGCCUAAACAAUUCUCAAUUUUGCUCUGAAUUUCAUUUUUGACUGUAACUUUUGGGUAUAUUCUCUGCAUCUUCAUUGGCAGUUUGUAAAUAGAAUGUAAAAAUUGCUCAUAUGUAAAGAUUGUUUUUGUUGAAAAGAUGUUAUGCGAUAAGUUUCGAUUAUUGCAAUAAUUUUUACCGAAGCGGGACGAAUUUCUAUUUCGAUUUGCAGAUGAUGGCACUUUUGUCAAUCCGUCGAGUGUACAGAUUUUGGGACGGAUAUUUUCGAAAAGCGAAAUUGUUUUCGUACAAGAAGGGUGAAGAAGAAGGCGAUCGUUAUUCAUUUUUCACAUUGUUGACUUUUUCUUAUUGGUGAACGAAUUAUAAGAGAUUACGAGUUUAGCAAUAUUUUUUCAUCAUGUAAAAUAAAUCCAGGCAUUUUGUAAAUCCUAUGUAUUAUAAUCAUAUUAAACUAUAUUGAAGUUAUUAUAUAGUAUGUAAAUUUUGUAUUGUAGCUGCUGUUAAAUAUAUUAUUAUAUGGCUAAUAAAAGAUUUUUCAAUUUAACUCCAA